GGAAUAUCAAGCUACAAGCGGUUGUCCUGCGAUUUAUUUCGAAGGAACACACUGCUCUUAGAUUUGUGAUUUCAUCUAGAAAGGGUAUCGCCCAUUGAAACCGUCAAGAUGCGGCCUUUGACAGAGACAGAGACGCAGACUCUGUUUUCGAAGCUGGCACAGUAUACCGGCCGGUCUUUGAAUAACCUGAUUCUCCCGUCCGGUGGGGAUGACAACGACCGGAAUGUAUUCCGUCUCCACGGGUCUCGGGUGUACUUCAUGCGUCUCUCGCUCGCGAACUUGGCCACCUCAAUUCCUCGCGAUAACCUGCUGUCCCUCGGCACUUGCAUCGGCAAGUUCACAAAGACUGGCAAAUUCAGAGUAGCGAUCACCGCGCUGGAUGUGAUUGCGCCGCACGCGAGGUAUAAGGUGUGGAUCCUUCCCAAGGGUGAGAUGAGCUUUAUGUACGGUGGGAACGUCGUCAAGGCGCACGUCGGACGGUGGAGCGAGGAUUGCCCGGAACAUCAGGGAGUGAUUAUGUAUGACAUGAAUGAUACACCCUUGGGUUUCGGUGUCAGCACCAGAGCGUCUAAUCAACUCAAGCAAUUGAGUCCAACUGACAUUGUCGUUGCGAGACAAGCCGAUAUAGGAGAAUUCUUGAGAUCUGAAGACACUCUGUUCACAACCUAGGUCAAGAGUCAGAAGCAGAAAAGUGUUCAUGGAGUUUAAUAACCAUAUGUACAUGGAGUUAAGGAGUUUGCACAAUCAUAUAAAUCCACUGUUCAGACCUCGCA